CGUAUUUGUUUUCUUAUACGUAGGUAUAUAAAUCGACUAAUUUGCAACAGAACACCACUUGUGUUUUGCUGCUCUGCUUCUGAGAUUUGGAAUUUUUGUUCUGAGAUUUGGAACAUCCAACGAAAGCCCAUGUCUAUAUAUAGAGAUAAAAGCGCCGUUUGAUGGAGGAAGAGAGGACGGGGGAUAGAUGAUCAUGGCGGACGGUCCGGCUAGCUUCUGGACGCAAGCCAACGCGUUGCUCAGAAAAAAUUUGACCUUUCAGAAACGAAAUGUGAGCUCAAAUCUACGACUAGUUGUGUUCCCAGUAGUAAUCUGUCUGUUGCUUGUUCUCAUCCAGUAUGUGGUGAAUAAUGAGUUGGAUAAGCCAUCAAGAAGGUGUGGAUGCACUUGUGUUGAUACUAAUGGGGAUGGAAAUUGUGAAAGAGUUUGUGGGGUUGAGUACUCAACUUUGGGUCAAGCAGGCAACUGUCCUCUUCCUACUCCUCCAGAAUGGCCUCCAUUGUUACAGAUACCCAGAGCAGAAUUUCGUGCAGUACAAAAUGAUUUAACUACAUACAAAGACUUGCCUGGGGAGUCAUGCAAGAUCACUGGAUCCUGCCCAGCUGUUAUACUCUUGACUGGAGCUAAUAAAACAUUUGCUGAAAGUAUUGGUGGAAAUUUGUUCCAACGCCCAACCCUCCAUUCGUCUAAAAUCCCUCACAGCUUAGCUGAUGAUGUCUUGGGUUCAGGAUCAUACACAGAAUACUCUAAUUUCCUGGAACCAGCUUUCUCCUCUAAUUUAGCCGUUUACAAUGUUCAACCUCAGUGUGCUUCAAACUCUACGUUUUCAAUUCCAUUGAGAAUAGGAUCUCGUCUUUUGCAACAAGAUAUAAAAUGUGUGCAAGGCCUUCAUUUAUGGCGUAAUAGCUCAUCUGAAAUUAAUGAAGAGCUUUAUAGAGGAUAUAGAAAAGGCAAUUCAGAGAAAAAGAUAAAUGAGAUAUUAGCAGCGUACAAUUUCUUAAACUCUGAUGGAAAGCACUUUAAUGUGAGCAUUUGGUAUAAUUCUACCUAUAAAAAUGACACAGGAAACACACCCAUAUCAUUGACACGGGUGCCCCGCUCGAUAAAUUUGGUAUCAAAUGCCUAUCUCCAAUUUCUGCUUGGCCCUUCAACAAAAAUGCAAUUUGAGUUUGUCAAAGAAAUGCCAAAGCCUGAAACAAGAGUCAGGCUGGAUUUUGCUUCUCUUCUUGGGCCACUCUUCUUUACAUGGGUGGUUAUACAGCUAUUUCCAGUUGUACUGACAUCUCUGGUCUAUGAAAAGCAGCAGAAGCUAAGAAUUAUUAUGAAAAUGCACGGACUCGGAGAUGGACCCUAUUGGGUGAUUUCUUAUGCUUAUUUUCUUGCCAUAUCUUCUAUCUACAUGCUAUGCUUUGUGAUUUUUGGAUCUUUAAUAGGCUUAAAAUUCUUCACACUAAAUGAUUACAGCAUCCAGUUAGUUUUUUACUUGAUCUACAUCAAUUUGCAAAUUGCAGUAGCUUUUCUCGUUGCUGCAUUAUUCAACAAUGUGAGGACAGCUGCAGUGGUGGGCUAUAUAAUGGUGUUUGGGUCCGGGCUCUUGGGUGGCUUCCUUUUUCAGUUCUUUCUUCAAGAUACAUCAUUUCCAAGAGGCUGGAUUAUUGCUAUGGAGUUGUAUCCUGGAUUCUCACUUUUUCGUGGAUUAUAUGAGUUUUCACAAUAUUCUUUCACUGGCAGUUAUAUGGGGACCACCGGAAUGAAAUGGAAGAAUUUGAGUGAUGGCAAAAACGGGAUGAGAGAGGUCAUAAUUGUCAUGUUUGUGGAAUGGUUACUGGUUCUCCUCUUUGCAUAUUACACAGAUCAAAUAACAUCAUCAGGGAAAACUCCUCUCCGUUUUCUUCAAUCUUUCCAAAAGAAGCACCCGCCAUCGUACCAAAGAUCAAACUUACAGAGACAGGGGUCUAAUUUCUCCAUUGAAUUGGAGAAACAUGAUGUCGUCCAGGAAAGGGAAAAAGUUGAAGAUUUGCUUCUUGAAUCAAGUACAAGUCAAGCUAUAAUAUGUGACAACAUUGAAAAAGCUUAUCCAGGAAGAGAUGGAAACCCUGAAAAAUUUGCAGUGAAAGGGUUGUCACUUGCUUUGCCUCAGGGGGAAUGCUUUGGUAUGCUUGGGCCCAACGGUGCUGGGAAAACUUCUUUUAUAAAUAUGAUGAUUGGUCUCAUAACGCCGAGUGCUGGUACUGCAUAUGUCCAGGGCAUGAAUAUUCAAACUGAUAUGGACAAAAUAUAUACCAGCAUGGGAGUGUGUCCGCAGCACGAUCUGCUUUGGGAAACGUUAACAGGAAGGGAGCACUUAAUGUUCUACGGACGGCUGAAAAAUCUGAAAGGAGCAGACUUAAAGAUGGCAGUGGAAGAGUCUCUUAAGAGUGUUAAUUUAUAUCAUGGAGGAGUCGCUGACAAGCAAGCUGGAAAGUAUAGUGGAGGAAUGAAGAGGAGGCUUAGCGUUGCAAUUUCAUUGAUUGGAGAUCCCAAAGUUGUAUAUAUGGAUGAGCCUAGUACUGGACUGGAUCCAGCUUCAAGAAACAAUUUGUGGAAUGUAGUCAAGCGUGCAAAGCAAGAUAGAACAAUAAUUCUAACUACUCACUCAAUGGAAGAGGCAGAACAUGUAUGUGAUCGGUUAGGUAUCUUUGUAGAUGGAAGCUUGCAAUGUAUAGGAAAUCCUAAGGAGUUAAAAGCCAGGUAUGGAGGGUCGUAUGUACUCACCAUGACAACAUCUUCAGAACACGAAGAUGCAGAAGUAGAGAGGAUGGUGCACAGUCUCUCCCCAAAUGCUCACAAGAUCUACCAAAUUUCAGGCACACGGAAGUUUGAGCUGCCAAAGCAUGAGAUAAGCAUUGCGGAUGUUUUCCGUGCCAUUCAAAAUGCAAAGAGAAGCUUUACCAUUCAUGCAUGGGGUCUAGCAGAUACAACCUUAGAGGAUGUGUUUAUAAAGGUUGCAAGAGGAACUCAGUCAUCCAUUAGCCUCUCGUGAGAUCCUCCAUGGUAAUUAAUACCAUAAUAUUGUUCACUUCUGCUUCCUGGACAUCUAUAAGACACCUUGCUAUUAUAUUGUGUGAUUUAUUUAUAGUCAAAUAUUACAAAAUGCCAAAUUACAGUGUAUUAUUAUAAGUUUGUAAUAAUACUGCUUGCUAAGAUUGUACUAUUAUUCUACAUCUAUUAUAGCCAAAAAUAUAAGUUCGUCGCACACAUAUUUAUUGUGGUGAAUCCUUCCUCAAUGGUGAAU